GUGCUGAAUGGGUGCGCCUUGAGAGUUCAUGCCAAACUCCAAAUAACUGUUACAUCCUUUACUUUUAAGUCUUGUAACUCACGAAACAGUUAAACAAGGAGGUUCUUUGGAAGGUGAGAUGAGUUGGUUAAGGUAUGAACUUGCUGAAUCGCAAAGUGUGAAAAGAAGGUCUAAAGACACGUCGACAACAUCCUGUUGAUCUGGUACCUUAAAAAAGCCCAACCCCGAACUGUUCUGGGUGCUCACAGAGCCAGGGCGCUGACUCGUGCGGGGCAGUAGCAGCAGCAGCAUCAUAUCAUCAUCAUCAUCUCACUCCCCCGGGCACCCUCUCAGCGCCUUGUGCAGGCUACCAGCUGUCUCAGCUUGUUGCCUCUGGCCAUGGAUUCGGUGACCGUCUACCACGGGAAGAUCAGCCGAGAGACCGGGGAGAAGUUGCUGCUUGCCACGGGCCUGGACGGCAGCUACUUGCUGCGGGACAGUGAGAGCAUGCCUGGCGUCUACUGCCUCUGUGUGCUGUAUCAAGGUUACAUUUAUACCUACCGAGUGUCCCAGUCAGAAACAGGUUCUUGGAGUGCUGAGACGGCACCUGGGGUACAAAAAAGAUUAUUCCGGAAAAUAAAAAAUCUCAUUUCAGCAUUUCAGAAGCCAGAUCAAGGCAUUGUAAUACCUUUACAAUAUCCAGUAGAAAAGAAACCAUCGCCUAGAAAUGUACAAGGGAGAAGAGAAGACCCUGAUGUCUACAUGAAAGCACCGUGAAAACACAUUUAUUUCAGAUAAUUUAAAUAGGCCGUUAGGUGUUUUCUCUUGUAUAUAACUGUGUAUAACUGUGUAUUACAACUUUGUAUAUUGUAGAUAAAAUUAAAUGAGUAACAAAUUCA